AUGAUUGCGGCGCUGGCCAAGGAGAUGCUCGACAAGGCGCUAGUGCCAUUUGGCGUGGUGGCAGAUAUCGUAGGCACAGGCGGUGACGGAUGGAACACGUUUAACAUCUCGACGACUUCCUCAUUAGUGGCUGCAGCAGCUGGUUUGCGGGUGGCCAAGCACGGCAGUCGGGCAUCGUCGUCAAACUGCGGGUCUGCAGAUCUGUUGGAGAGCCUGGGGUUCGCCCUGGACUAUAUCACGCCGUCGGAUGUGGCAACGCUGCUGAGCGAGUACAAGUUCUGCUUCUUGUUUGCCAGUACGUUCCACCCCUCGAUGCGGUACCUGGCCAAGACGAGGAGGGACCUCGGGUUCCCGACGCCGUUCAAUGUACUCGGUCCGCUGACGAACCCGGUGGUGCCAAACCGGGCAGUGAUUGGGGUCCAUUCAAAGGCCCUGGGACCGGUGAUGGCCGAGGCACUGAAAAUCCUGGGCCAUCGCAACUACGCUGUUGUAUGCGGCGACGAGAACCUGGACGAGAUCAGCAUUGCUGGCGACACGCAUGUGUGGCAUUUGCGCGAGAGCGGCAAUGUCGAUUACUACACGAUCAACCCGGAGCGCGACUUUGGGGUGCCGACCCACCCGCUGACCGAGGCGGCUGGGUCGACGCUGGAAGAGAACAAGGCGACACUGCAGCGACUGCUGGGCAACAAGUUGAUUGACGGGGAUGUUGCUAUUCGCGACUUUGUGCUGGCACAGAGCAUGAAGGAAGGUGCUGAGAUUGCACGGCACACUAUCGAGCCACACAGGCGCUGA